GGAAAGCAAGUCCCCUCUCCCUCCCAGUGGUUGGCCUCACGAGUCCUAUCUUCUCCCACUAAUCCCCUCCCCCGUUCCCCUCGCCGCCGCCGCCGCCGCCGGCGUCGCCUGCCCGAGAUGAAUGUCGACAAGCUGAAGAAGAUGGCCGGUGCCGUGCGCACCGGCGGCAAGGGCAGCGUGCGCCGGAAGAAGAAGGCCGUUCACAAGACCACAACCACCGAUGACAAGAGGCUUCAAAGCACCUUGAAAAGAGUAGGAGUCAACACCAUUCCCGGUAUUGAGGAGGUCAACAUUUUCAAGGAUGACGUAGUUAUCCAAUUUCAGAACCCGAAAGUGCAAGCAUCCAUUGCUGCAAACACAUGGGUAGUCAGUGGAACACCACAGACUAAAAAGCUGCAAGAUUUACUGCCGACAAUUAUCAACCAACUGGGCCCUGAUAACUUGGACAACCUGCGAAGGCUUGCUGAGCAGUUCCAGAAGCAAAUGCCUGGAGCUGAGGGUGGCGCCAGCAUCGGCGCUGCCCAGGACGACGAUGACGACGUCCCAGAGCUCGUCCCAGGAGAGACCUUCGAAGAAGCCGCUGAGGAGAAGAAGGCACCUGAGGCGAAGAAGGAAGCGGAGCCGGAGGAGAAGAAAGAGUCGUCGUAAAUCAUUGUUGUGAAGGGUUCCUUGUUGGUUCAGGGUUGAGUCGCAUCUAGUACCAUGCAUGCCAGAGACACAUGCUCCUGUGAGAACUCUGGCCUACCUUUCGUUUCCAGCGCUCCUCCGGUUUUGUCUUGGCCGUGGGUUGUGUCCAAACCGACAGCGGAACUGAGUUUUACGACAAUUGCGAUUCAUCAUCAUUGGAAAGUGUUUGAUAUGCACAGUUGCAUUGUUUGAA